AUGUCUUUGUGUGAGUGGGGUAUUGAUGGGAUAUUCACUUUGAUAGUGGAUAAUGCUAGCUCAAAUUUAACAACAGUUAAAUUUUUGCAAAGGGUGACUAAAGAUUGGAAGGGGACAGUUUUAGGAAAUGAGUACAUGCACAUGAGGUGUUGUGCCCAUAUCCUAAAUCUCAUUGUGGGUGAGGGUUUGAAAGAGAUUGAUGCAUCUGUUGCUAAGGUGCAUGAAGCUGUGAGGACCAAGGAAGAUAGUGGUGGUUUGGGAUCUCCUUGUAUGAGUGAUUUCCAAAAUUGUAGGGCAUUUGUGACUUUCUUAAGGCUCUUUUAUAAUGCAACAAAAAAGUUCUCCGGUUCUUUGUAUGUUACUUCAAAUGCCUUUUAUGAUGAGAUCUUUGUUAUUCAAGAGAAAGUGAUGGUUGAUAAGGUGAAAGAUUUUUUGUAUAAGUUGUAUAAUUUUUACUCUUCUAUUCAUUCACCAAAUGUGCAAGAACAAAGUGGGAGUGAGAGGACAAAAUUGGAAAGUAAUGCUAGUGAUCCAAAGGAUGUCAAUUUUGAGAUAUUAGGGUGGUGGAGGGACAAUUGUAGUAGGUACCAAGUGUUGUCUAAAGUGGCUAAGGAUUUGCUGGCUAUACCUGUUUCCACUGUUACAUUUGAGUCAGCAUUUAGCACCAGAGGCCGCAUUUUUGAUCCAUUUCGAAGUUCACUCUCUCCUCUCAUGGUUCAAAACCUUGUAGGUUCACAAAAUUGGCUUCAAGCCACAGUUCCAAUUUCUCAUCACCAGUCAAGGGAUGAUGUAGAGGCAUUGGAGGAGGAUUUACUUGAAUUAGUUUUAAAUCAACAACCAACAAUAAGUGCAAUAGCAAAUACCAGUUCAAGCAAGGGUUCCACCUCUGGCAAACGAUCCUUAAUUAUUGAUGAAUAA